CCCCAUUGACAUCCAGAGGAGGAAGGUGAGGUACAACCCCCUGCUGCAGCUGGAGCUCGGUGGCUACGAUGAGCCCUUGCAGGGGCAGCUCAGGAUGACCAACAAUGGCCACUCUGUUCAGAUCGACUUACCACCCACCAUGAACAUCUCCAGAGGGCUCCCAGGUGUGUACACAGCUGUCCAGAUGCACCUGCACUGGGGAGGGCUGGACCUGGAGAGCAGCGGCUCGGAGCACACCAUCGAUGGCAUGCGCUACUUCGCCGAGCUGCACAUUGUCCACUACAACUCUGCUAACUACUCCAGCUUUGAAGAAGCCAAGGACAAGCCCCAGGGGCUGGCUGUGCUGGCCUUCCUGUACACGGAUGGGCACUUUGAGAACACCUACUACAGUGAAUUCAUUUCCAAACUGGCAAGGAUCAGGUUUGCAGGUCACUCCACAAGUCUCAGCUCCCUGGACAUCCAAGCCAUGCUGCCAGAAAACCUCUCCCACUUCUACAGGUACCAGGGCUCCCUGACCACCCCCCCGUGCUCCGAGAGCGUCAUCUGGACCAUCUUCCACUCCCCCAUUGUCCUGUCCCACACUCAGGUGCAGCUCCUGGAGAACACGCUGCUCGACUGGCACAACCGCAGCCUGCGCAACGAUUACCGGCACGCGCAGCCGCUGUGGGGCCGCGUGGUGGAGGCCUCCUUCCGAGCCCAGCAGGGCCAGGCACAGUGUGAUCCAGAGGAAUUCACCCUCAGGCUGGACCAAAUCCAGAUGCAGCUCCAGGACAUGAAGAGAGAGUUGCUGAAUGGACUGAGCCACACAGAUACGAAACCCAGCACCUUUCCAGCUUUCUACUUCCCUGUGGAAAACAUUGAGAGCUUUGUGGAGGUGCACCCCCUCCGUGCCAUGUCCCUGCAGGCCUUCACACUGUGCUUCUGGAGCCGAGCCCAGCCCCUGGGCAGCCAGACCAUCCUGUCCUACUCCACUGGGGAGAGCGAGCACGAGCUGGAGGUGACCGUGGGCACGGAGCUGGGGCUCUGGCUAGGAGGGCACUUCCUCAGCUUCCCCCUGCAGCACGGGGCCCAGGGCUGGCUGCACCACUGCGUGACGUGGGCGUCCCCGGAGGGAACGGCCACGCUCUGGCUCAACGGGGCAGCUGGCAAAGCCAGGAGCAUCCAGAAGGGCUAUGUGAGCCGGGCUGGGGGCACACUGCUCCUUGGCAAGGCCAGGGACACUCUGCUGGGCACGUUCUCCAACGGCUUUGCAGGCUGGAUGAGCCAGGUGAACCUGUGGAGCAGAGUGCUCAGUGGCACCGAGGUUCGGGCGCUGGCGCUGUGCAAAGCGGGGCAGCCCACGGGGGAUGUCAUAGCCUGGGGACAAACGCCCAUGGCCCUCCUCGGGGGGGUCCUUCUGCAGCCUGACACCAGCUGCCAGUGA